AUGGCGUCCGGCGUCUCCCGAGGGUCGCGCUGCCGGGAACGGAGCCGUCGGGGCCGGGUCGGGCGGGGCUCGGCACCCAGCGGACGCAGCCGAAGCCGGGGGCGGGAGGGGGAGAGCGGAGCGCUCCGGGAAUCGCCUCUGGGAGAUCCGGACUGUUUGGGCCCACCCGAAGGGGGGGUGGUAGCGAACGACCUCCCCUCAGAAAACGCCCGCAACGAAAAAGCGAAAGGUGACCCCAAUGGCCGAGCUCCUGAGGGGCACGGCGAGCCCUCCAUGAGCUCGGAAAACGGGGCCGUGGCCCAUCGGAAGCCCCCCGGGAAGCGCGGGAGGAAGCCCAAAGCGGAGAUGCUGCUGCUGAAGCUGUCGCAGGACCUGGAGUGCCCGACCCCGGAGCCCAUCUGUGUGCAGAAGAUGCUGGGGAGCAGCGAGGGGGGGGAAAGCCUGGAGAACCCCCCUGGUGGGCGCCCCAAAAGGCGGGCAGCCAAAGUGGCUUUGCUGUACCUGCAGGAGCUGGCAAAGGAGCUGACAUCUGUGUACCAGCCGCCGUCUCCCACCCAGGGUGUCCAGGAACCAGAGGCUGAGCGUAUCCAGAAGAAGCGCCGGAGCCGGAGGAGGAAAGAGGAGGAGACAGACAGUGAUGAUCCUGCCCAGGACGCUGACUUUGUGCCCUCGAAGGAGGUGUUGCUGCAGGCAGAGGAGGAAGAGGAAGAGGAGGGGAGCGAUGCAGCACUCAGUGAGGUCUCAGAGCUGGACCUGGAGCCACUCCGAGGACACAGUGGAAGGACAUCGUCUGCAGGGAGAUCCAAGCCCCAGUGCCGAGGAGUUGCUCCCAACGGCUUCCACAACUCUGUCAUGGCCCCAGUGGAGAAGUGCUCCAACCUCACCUGCAGCCUGCGGGACCAGAAGCACUCCCAGUGGGAGUUUCCAGACUGGAUCCCUUCAGCGCACAAGUGGCUGUGGCUCUCGGAAAGCGAAGCUGCCCCGUACCUGCCGGCAGAGGAGAAGUCUCCCCUUUUCUCCAUCCAGCGGGAGGGCAUCAAGGAUGACGGAGCCUUGUACAGGGUGAACAGGUUCAGCUCCCUGCAGCCCCAUCAGGAGCGCCUGGACGUGUCCUUCUUCGUGGGCGGCCCCGUGUGGGCCAUGGAGUGGUGCCCGUCCCCGGAGGGCUCGGCUGCCCCGCAGUACGUGGCCCUGUACUGCCACCGCAGCAUGGAGGAGACGCACAGGGCGGCCGGGCUGCACCGCGGCCCCGCGCUCCUGCAGCUCUGGGGCCUGGGCAGCCUGCAGCCCGAGCAGGGCUCCACUGACAAGGCCGGGUUGGCCUAUGCCAUCGCCGCCGAUCACGGCUGUGUCUGGGACAUGAAGUUCUGCCCCAGCGGUGCCUGGGAGCCCCCCAGCACUGCCAGGACGCAUCCGCAGAUGGGCCGGCUGGGGCUUCUGGCUGUGGCCUUCUCGGAGGGCAAGGUGGUCCUGUACUCCCUGCCGCACCCCGGGGCCCUGCGGCGUGCCAAGAGAACACAGGUAAAAGACGGGUCCUUCCAGAAGCACAUUAUCUGCAAGGUACAGUGUGUGGCCACGCUCCAGGUGGGCUCCAUCCAGUCUGGGAAUGUGUCUGAGUGUGGGCAGUGCUUCAGCCUCUCCUGGAUGCCCUGCAAGCCCCACCACCACCUGGCAGCUGGUUUCUAUGAUGGCACUGUGGCCAUCUGGAACCUGCUCACCAAGUCCCUGCUGCAGUGCGUGCGCCAGCCCGAUGGCUCCCUCAGGCUCUACCCUUUCCAGUGCUUCCUGGCCCACGACCAGGCGGUGAGGAGCAUGGAGUGGUGCAAGGCUGACAGCAACUUCCUGGUCACGGCAGGGAGCGACCGUAAGGUCAAGUUCUGGGACCUGCGGCGGCUCUACGAGCCCAUCAACAGCAUCAAGCGGUUCCUCAUCACCGAGGUGGCCUGGCUGCUGCCCUACAAUGGUGUCACUGUGGCCCAGGACAACUGCUAUGCCUCUUACGGCCUCUGUGGGAUCCACUACAUCGACGCCGGGUACCUGGGCUUCAAGGCAUAUUUCGUGGCCCCUCGCAAGGGAACUGUGUGGAGCAUAUCGGGCUCGGACUGGCUGAACACGGUGGCUGCGGGGGACAUCACCGGGGAGCUGGUGGCUGCAGUGCUGCCCGACCUGGCCAUCAACCCGCUCAACAUCAAGCGAUCCUCUGACCGCAGAUUUCCAGUCUACAAAGCCGAUCUGCUGCCCCGCAGCCCCGACGGGCCCGAGGAGGGUGAACAGGCAUUGCCCAAGACCAGGAGCUACAGUGAGAUGGUGACCAAGAGCUACAUCCGAUACCAGGACACAGACUUGCGCAGCUUCAAGAACUUCCCCAGCCGGGAGCCGAUGCGCAGGAUGCAGACACAGGAGUCCAAGGCAGAGCUGAGCCUCGACCGCCUGCAGCUGGAGUCCCUGCACAAGGUCCGUUUCAGCCCCAACCUGGACUCUCUGGGCUGGCUGGUGUCCGGGGGGCAGGCGGGCAUUGUGCGGGCACACUGCCUGGUGGGGCUCUCCUCCAGCACUGGACGGCGGCUGCUCCCGGAGCGCAGGGCACGCUUCACCUCCCUCUACGGAGACAAGACCGGCAGCCCUGGUCCCCCCGAGGACACCCCUCUGCCAGCAGAGUAGCACCAUGAGACCCUGGUGCUGCCACCACAUGCCAUGGGACCCUCAUGGUGCCACCACCCGCUGUGGGACCGUGGUGCUGCCACCACACACGCUUGCCCCGCAGGAGUAGGAGGUGGGGCUGGGGCUGUGCUGUCCCGGGGGGCUGUGUGCCCCUUUCUGGUGCUUCUUACCCUCUGGGCCUCCACCCCAGGGUGAGGAUGGAUGCUUCUGGCUGUCACCUGGGAUGCUCAGGACACUGGUCCCUGUGCCCUGGGCCCAGAAGGAUCCUUUUGCUCUGCUUGAUCUGAGCUGGUGCAGGGAGAGUGGUGGGACUCGUGUGUGUGCCUGGGCUGAGCUGUGGGUUGUGGGGCUGAUGCAAAGGAAGCACCCGUAGUUCCCCCCAUGUGGGGCUGUGCUCACUCUGGCCCUGUCCCCAGCCGAGCCCCCCGUGCCAGUGGGGCCACAGGGUGCCCGAGCUCUGGAGUUGCUCACAUUGAGCCUUUGUCCAGCUGUGCAGUAAACAUGGUUUGUUUUGUAGAGGC